UAGAAGAAACAAAAUGAUGAAUAAACAAAUAAGGCUCGCAAUAAUUUCCCCUUUGGCUUUUUCUACUCUUCUACUUUCCUUUUUGUAUAUUCCUUCUAAUUAUGCUGCACCACAGGCUUAUAUUGUGUACCUGGGAGACGAAUCCCAAUCAAUUGCUGAUGGCAAAAACGUUUACAGUGAUGAAAAACUGUCCCAAUCACAUUUUGACAUGCUGUCAUCACUCACUACAAAUGCUGAAAGUGGAAAACAAAAUGAGAAUAAACUACUUUACUCAUACACAAAAUCCAUGAAUGGGUUUGCUGCAGUUCUUGAUGAUUCUCAAGUACAAAUGCUUAAGAGUAAAGCUGGUGUAAAAGCAGUACUCCCAAAUAUAAAAUAUAAAUUACACACAACACAUUCAUGGGAUUUUCUUCAAUUAGCAGACGGUGGUGUUGCUGCUCCUGCCUCCAUUUGGAACACGGCUAAGUAUGGCCAAGAUGUUAUUAUUGCUACUCUUGACACCGGUGUUUGGCCGGAAUCAGCAAGUUUUAAAGACGACGGAAUGGGACCUGUUCCGGCAAGAUGGCGAGGAAAUUGUUCGGUUGAGAGUGGACUUCGGUGCAACAACAAGCUUAUAGGAGCAAAAAUGUUCUCCAAGGGAGCCGAAGCAGCUGGAGCCAUAAUCCCCAAGGAACUACACAACGGACGCGACUACGACGGCCAUGGCUCGCACACCUUAUCGACAGCCGGCGGAAGUUUUGUUCCCGGGGCUAAUAUUUUCGGCAACGGCAACGGAACCGCAAAGGGAGGAUCGCCCAAAGCUCAUGUGGCUUCUUACAAAAUUUGCUGGGCUGAUGGUUGCUACGCAGCUGAUAUUUUGGCCGCAUUGGAUGCUGCAAUUAAAGACGGUGUUGAUGUUCUAUCUUUGUCCAUUGGAUCAUCAGCCGUUUCUAAUUUUUUUGACGACUCUACUGCGAUCGGAUCGUUUAAUGCAAUGAAAAGAGGAAUUCCGGUAGUUACCUCAGGUGGUAAUGAAGGACCGGGGCCGAGUACUAUAAACAAUGUCGCUCCAUGGCUUUUUACAGUUGGAGCUAGUUCAGUGGAUCGUAGCUUCUUGCAUUUUCUUGUUCUUGGCAAUCAGAAGCAUAUAAAUGGAUCGAGCCUUUCACCAAGCUUGCCGGCUGGAAAGGUUUUUCCUUUGAUCAAUCCAAUCGAUGCAAAAGCUCCAAAUGCCAUUGUCCAAGACGCUAUUUUGUGCAAAAAUGGAUCUCUAGACAAAGCCAAAGUAACAGGAAAGAUUAUAGUAUGUCUUAGAGGCGAUUCGGGAAGAAUUGAGAAGGGGAUGGUGGUUGCAGCUUUAGGUGCAGCCGGUAUGGUUCUAGCCAACGACCGAAUAGAUGGAAACGACCUUUUUUCAGAUCCUCAUUUCCUUCCGGCUACUCAUGUCACUUACACCGAUGGUCAAGCCAUUUACAGCUACCUCAAUUCCACCAAAAAUCCUACUGCAUCACUUUCUCCAACAACAGCAGUAUUAGGAGUUAAACCAGCUCCACAAAUAGCAGCUUUCUCAUCAAGAGGCCCUAAUCCACUUAUUUUGCAACUUCUUAAGCCUGAUGUUACUGCCCCUGGAGUUAACAUACUUGCUGCCUACUCCGGAGCAACAUCUCCGAGCGAAUUGGACAUUGACAAACGUAGAGUUCCUUAUGAUGUGUUGUCUGGAACUUCAAUGGCUUGCCCUCAUGUUUCUGGUAUAGUUGGUCUUAUCAAGUCGAUCCAUCCAGAUUGGAGUCCCGCUGCUAUUAAAUCUGCCAUCAUGACUACUGCUAAAACACAAGGGAACAAUGGCAAAGCGAUCGUCGAUGAAACCGGUAAACCCGCAACGCCAUUUGCGUAUGGUGCUGGACAUGUACAACCCAACCGCGCAGCAGAUCCUGGACUAGUUUAUGACUUAUCAACAAAUGACUACUUGAACGCAUUAUGUGGAUUCGGCUACAACGCUUCAAUGGUCCAAAGAUUCGCAGGUUUUCCUUAUACAUGUCCAAAAAAUUACACUUUUAACGACUUCAACUACCCUUCUAUCACAAUCCCAAAUCUAGCUGGCCCGGUCAUUGCAACUCGUAGAGUUAAGAAUGUCGGUACUCCAGGAACCUACACCGCCACCGUCAAGGCGCCUGGAGAGGUUUCCGUCGUGGUCGAGCCCGCGAAACUAACUUUUACUAAAAUUGGAGAAGAGAUGGAGUUUAAGGUUAUAUUCAAGCCAAUAAUCAAUGGUGCACCUAAGACCUAUGUGUUUGGACAGCUUCUAUGGUCAGAUGGCAAACAUACCGUAAAGAGUCCUCUUGUAGUGAAGCAUGCUUAGAGUUAAGGUUCCAUGUCAAUAUAUUUAUUUAUAAUUUAUAAAUGCAAAUAAUUAGCUAAUUAAAUUUCAAUAAUUUUCAUGUAUUACACAUGUUCAUUGUUCCAGUCCACGGAAAAAGAACAUUAGGAGCCCUUGUAGACGAUUUUUUCGUUGAGUUUUUUAUUCUUAUAGAUUGGUUGAUUUUUGCAAUAAAUCUAGUUAUAAUUGUCUUCAGUUGAUGUAAUUCUUGAGCUAAUGACAAUUUAUUUAAUAUUUCUGCAA